CGCGGGAAGGACGGACGGGCGCGCGCCGGAGCCUCCGCGGCCAUGGCCGAGCCCGCCGCUCGCCUCUGCUGCCUGGGCUGGGACUUCAGCACGCAGCAGAUUACCGCUUGAAAUUUUUUUUUUGGUGAAAUGGAACAACGUACCCUGAACUUUGUUCAAACCUUGGUUGGCACCAGCCCGCCUGGGUCAGCAUGCCCAGCAGUGGUGACAGAGGACGGGCUAUGCAAGUCCCCAGGACGCCAUGGACAGGUGAAAGUGGUUGCUGUCGAUGCAGCGAUGAAUGUCUUCUAUGAGGACAGUGUGCAUUUUGACAGAGACCUUCCAGAAUUUGGGACUCAGGGUGGAGUUCAUGUUCACCAGGAUGGUCUGACAGUGACUUCUCCAGUCCUGAUGUGGGUCCAGGCUUUGGAUAUCCUCUUGGAGAAGAUGAGGGCUUCGGGCUUCGACUUCUCUCGAGUCCUCGCCUUGUCUGGGGCAGGCCAGCAACAUGGAAGUAUAUACUGGAAAGCUGGGGCCAGUCGGGUGCUGACAAGCCUGUCACCAGACCUCCCGUUACACGAGCAGCUGCAGGCCUGUUUCUCCAUCCGCGACUGCCCGGUGUGGAUGGACUCCAGCACCACAGCCCAGUGCCGCCAGCUGGAGGCCGCCGUGGGCGGGGCCCAGGCUCUCAGCCGCCUCACAGGCUCCCGUGCCUACGAGCGAUUUACAGGAAACCAAAUUGCAAAGAUUUACCAGCAGAACCCCGAGGCCUACUCACACACGGAGAGAAUUUCCUUGGUCAGCAGUUUUGCCGCUUCCCUGUUCCUGGGGUCCUACUGCCCUAUUGACCACAGUGACGGUUCUGGAAUGAACUUGUUGCAGAUCCAGGACAAAGUCUGGGCCCAGGCGUGCCUUGGUGCCUGUGCACCCCAUUUAGAGGAGAAGCUGGGCCCCCCGGUACCGUCAUGCUCAGUUGUGGGGCCCGUUUCUUCCUACUACGUCCAGCGCUACGGGUUUCCUCCGGGAUGCAAAGUGGUGGCCUUCACUGGGGACAACCCAGCGUCGCUGGCAGGCAUGAGGCUGGAGGAAGGUGACAUUGCGAUCAGCCUGGGCACCAGCGACACCCUGUUCCUCUGGCUCCAGGAGCCCACGCCCGCCCUGGAAGGCCACAUCUUCUGCAGCCCGGUCGACCCCCGGCACUACAUGGCGCUGCUGUGCUUUAAGAAUGGCUCGCUCAUGAGAGAGAAGAUCCGCGACGAGUCGGCUUCCGGUUCCUGGAGCGAGUUCUCGAAGGCGCUGCGGUCCACGGAGAUGGGGAAUGGCGGAAGCUUGGGUUUUUAUUUUGACGUCAAGGAGAUCACCCCUGAAAUGAUCGGGCGUCAUAGGUUUAGCCCAGAAAACCGUGAGUGCCCAAGACAAAGAUUUUGGCCACUGGAGGGGCAUCUCACAACAGAGACAUACUACAAGCCUUGCGGCUGGGACAGGCGUGCCCUUCUCGGAGGUUGUGAAGUUCGCCCCAGGCCCCAGACUAGCUGCUACCCCGAGCCCAGGAGCUGCUCAGGUCUAUGCUGCCCUCCUGCCAAGAUAUGCCCAGCUCGAGCAGAGAAUCCUGUCCCAGCCCCAGGGGCUCCCGGAGUGAGUCCUGCAGGCCCGGGUGCCUGUGGACCCUGCCGGCUCCGACUCGCUGACCCCACUGGGAGACAUGGCCCUGGACAGCAGGGGCCCUCUUCCCUGUUCUGGGUGCCUGGCCCCUGAUGUGCUCCAGCCCUGUCUGGGGCCACCUGGAAGCCUGUCUCGCACACCUUCCUGAGCAUCAGCGGGCUGCUUGUGUCCCUGUGUGCUGUGCUCAGGGCAGGAGAGCAUCCCUUUCCUGUCUUCAUUUCAGGAGGCAGGAUAGCAUGGAGCCUGGGAUAUCUCCAAUAAAGACUGACUUUUCCUUUCCUUUUUAUUAAAA